UCACAAGUUAAAAUAUUGGAUUUUAUAACAUACCAAAAUUAAACUUGCUUGCCUAAAAAUGUCAGAUCCAAAAGCCCCUACACCUACUCCAGAGCCUGCCAAAAUGGAUAUUUCAGCUUCAAUGAAGAUCCCUGGGAUUCCUCAUGAGAUCCGCCAAUACAAGCUCUUUUGGGAGUGUUGCGAUCACACUUUGGAUAUGUACAAAGAGGAAAUGAAGUCAUUAGCCUGGCCAAUAUUUAAAAACAUGUACUUGGACAUGCUCCAAAUGAGCAAAUUUGUAGAAGCAGAGAACUUCUUUGAUGAAUUCAAAGACAAAUUCAAAGCAAACCAGGAGUACUUGGACAUUAUAGAGGAACUAGAGACUAUUCCUGAGCGAAGAAAUCUUGAUAAUAAAUAUUACUCCAAGUUUUUGGAUAAGAAAGAUCGAGUUAGCACUAGCAGAGAAUGCAUUUAUAUCUUGGUCCAUUAUUGACAAGUCAAAAAACUCCAAACUGUACUUAAUGUGAUUAGUAAUAACCUGGAGUUUUCAAAGAUGGUUACUAGAGGAAUCUCUAAUAGCAAUAAUAAGGUUGUCAGGUAUUUGUUAGACUCAGGAGUUGAUAUUGAGGGCACUAUUAAUAAGAAAUCUCUCAAGCUCAAAUCCCUCAAAUUGAGUAGCGGGACUAGAAGGCAUCAUUAUAAGAAAGAGGAUUAUAUGGACAUUUCAGUAGCAGAUAUUCCUAUUCCUAACAAGAUUGAUUACACAAUGUUCUUGCUAGGAGAACUAGAGAAGAGUGUUGAAGAUCUGAAGACAGUCUGAGUACAUACUGUGACUCACUCGACAAACCAAUUAAUCUGUUCAGAUGUCAGCUAUGUUGGAGAUAUAGUAGCUUCAGGAUUUAGUAAUGGACUCGUUAAAAUCUUCAAAUAUUCAUGAACUGUUGUGGAGUCUAAAGAGGCUGAAAAGGAUAAGAAGAAUAACGAAGAUAAUCGUGAGGAUGAAGAUAUGAACCCUGAGGACAAAAAGAAGGAAGAAAUACAUAGAAAAGAAAUAAAGAACAAGACAAAAGAUCAUAAGAUAGAAGAAAUAGAUUGUGUUGGACAUAAAGGUCCUAUAUACUCUGUAUCUAUUUCUUACGACAAUGAAUUACUAAUAUCUGCAUCUCAUGAUGCAACAAUAAGAUUGUGGAGUAUUCCUAUGGAAAAGCAAUCUAAUGAAAUAACCUCUCUAGUUGUCUAUAAAGGACAUAUAAGACCAAUCUGGGACAUUCAGUUCUGCCCAUUUGGGUAUUUCUUUGCUUCUGGAUCUGCUGAUACAACUGCUUUACUAUGGUGAACUAGCUCGAUAACUCCUUUAAGGCUAUUCAGAGGCCAUUUCAGUGAUGUUGAAGCUGUUACCUUUCAUCCAAACAUACAUUAUGUUGCUACAGCUUCAAAUGACAACACUAUCAGAAUGUGGGAGGUCGAAAAAGGGGAUUGAGUUAGGAUUUUCAUUACUGGAGAUUCUCCAACAAGAUGUUUAAGAUUUACCAAUGUGGGAGGAAAAUACCUCCUCUCCACCAACGAUAACGGAGAGUUGAUCAUAUUUAAUGUGAACGAAGCUAGAGUAUUCGCCAUGAAGUCAAUCAAUGAAGAAAAUAACACCAAUGAGGAAAAUGAGGAGGAAAAGGUAGCCUCAAAUGCCCUCUGGGCAGUUGAUAUUUCAUAUGAUGAUAAAUGGAUAGCAGUUGGGGCUGAGGACAGCUCUAUUAUUAUGUAUUCUUGGGAAGAAAUCUGUGGCGGAAAGAUGAAGCUACUUGAAGAGUCUGAUCAUGAAGAGGAUACAAUCAUAAUGGACCUCAAAGAUACUCCAGUUGUCACACUAAGAUUUACAUAUAGAAACCUUCUAAAUGCAGUUGCUUAUAUGAAGUAAUAUCUGAUAUCUUGAGUAAAUUUAGAUAAAAUCUUGAACAUA